GUUCCAGUUUGUGGGGUAAAGUGGCACGUACAGUAUUUUGAGACUUUCGAGCAGUGAGCACUUCGAUUGUAAUCAGCCAACAUCGCUCUGCUUUUGCUCAUAAUGUUUUACCAUAUUACGUUAGAUCACGAAGUGAUCCUCCAUCCACGUUAUUUCGGACCGCAGCUACUGGACAGUGUUAAAGCUAAGCUUUUCUCUGAAGUGGAAGGAACCUGUUCGGGCAAGUAUGGGUUCGUCAUCGCUGUCACCACGGUGGACGAAAUCGGUGCCGGAUUUAUUCAGCCUGGUCAAGGCUUCGUCGUCUAUCCUGUCAAAUACACCGCCAUUGUAUUCCGGCCUUUCAAGGGAGAGGUGUGCGAUGCUGUGGUGACACAGGUGAACAAAGUGGGCAUUUUCUGCGAAAUGGGACCAUUGUCAUGCUUCAUCUCGCGCCACUCCAUUCCGCAAGAUAUGGACUUCGAUCCUGCCGCUACACCUCCGUGCUACCGAUCCAAGGAUGAGGAAGGGGUUGUGAUUCAGCAGGAUGAUGAAAUACGGGUGAAGAUAGUCGGAACUCGAGUGGAUGCUAAAGACAUCUUCGCCAUUGGAACGCUGAUGGAUGAUUACUUAGGUCUUGUGAGUUAGUCUGUUAGAUGAAUUGUUGCUGUUGAAUUGUUAGUCAUCGCGUCUUAUUUUUGCUGUAUUAAAAGGUGCUGGAGCUCUGUUGUGCACGGUUUCAUUAGCGGAUCUCGUUGUUUUUGAAUACCUGUGUAACCUGUCUGUUGCGGUUAGAUUUUAUUGGACUGUCAGAAUUAAUUAGUAAGUACUUGCCAAUAUUACGACGGCACUGUAAUAAGUAAUCCGGAAAGUAACAGUAAAACUAGUACUGUA